AUAACGCUUUCCAGCUUAGUCGUGUUCCAGUAACGCUUCCGCGCGCAACCUAACUAAAAAAGACACCACCACCCAACACCCACAACCAAGGACACUUGGGCAUUUCCUAAGCACAAAUAAAGUUCAGAGUGUGAGAAAUCCAAAAGAAACAAAAACAGUAUGUCCGGUAGAAUCCUGGAAGACUCGCCCAAUGCGCGCAUCAACAAGACCAUUCUUGACCGCUACCUGUCGCUGCCGCUAGAGGAUAACGUGGUCCAGGCCACCUAUGUGUGGAUUGAUGGCACCGGCGAGGAUCUGCGCUGCAAGGAUCGCACGCUCGACUUUAUCCCAACGAGUCCCAAGGAAUUGCCUGUGUGGAAUUAUGAUGGCAGCUCGUGCUAUCAGGCCGAGGGCUCCAAUUCGGACACCUAUCUGUAUCCGGUGGCCAUCUACAAGGACCCCUUCCGCCGUGGCAACAACAUUCUCGUGAUGUGCGACACCUACAAGUUCGAUGGCACGCCCACCGAAACCAACAAGAGGAAGACCUGCUUGGAGGUGGCCAACAAGUGCCUCGAUGAGGUGCCAUGGUUUGGCAUUGAGCAGGAGUACACCUUCCUUGACUUCGAUGGCCAUCCAUUGGGUUGGCCCAAGAAUGGUUUCCCCGGUCCCCAGGGUCCCUACUACUGCGGUGUGGGCGCCAAUAAGGUGUAUGCCCGUGACAUUGUGGAUGCUCAUUAUCGUGCCUGUCUGUAUGCUGGCGUCAAGGUGUCCGGCACCAAUGCCGAGGUGAUGCCCGCCCAAUGGGAAUUCCAGGUGGGACCCUGUGUGGGCAUCUCCAUUGGCGAUGACUUGUGGAUGGCUCGCUUCCUCUUGCACCGCAUCUCGGAGGAGUUUGGCAUUGUGUCCACUUUGGACCCCAAGCCCAUGCCAGGUGACUGGAACGGCGCUGGUGCCCACACCAAUGUCUCCACCAAGGCCAUGCGGGAGGAUGGUGGCAUUCGGGAUAUUGAGAAGGCCGUGGCCAAGCUGGCCAAGUGCCAUGAGCGUCACAUUCGCGCCUACGAUCCCAAACAGGGACAGGACAAUGCCCGGCGCCUGACCGGCAAGCACGAGACGAGCUCCAUCAAUGACUUCAGCGCUGGAGUGGCCAACCGCGGCUGCAGCAUACGCAUUCCCCGUGGCGUCAACGAUGAUGGCAAGGGCUAUUUCGAGGAUCGCCGCCCCAGCUCCAACUGCGAUCCCUACUCCGUGGUGGAGGCCAUCUUGCGGACCAUCUGCCUGGACGAGUAAACGUGACAUGGAGGGCAAAGUCGCCAUUUUAUAUCCAUCUCUAUGCAGCAUUGUUUUGCUGCCCUGUUAUUGAUUUCUAAUCUUGUUGUUAACCCAUCGAUCCACUGAUCCAUUGACCCGCACCUCUACCCGUACCCGUAACCGUACCCGAACCCGACACCAGACACCAGACCAACGCGGCAAUCCGAACCGAGACGCGGUCUCUCGGCGGUGGCGACAAUAUGUAUACCUACCAUAUCUACCGUUAGACAUUAGUCAUAGGCGCAAUUAAAUUUACCUAACGUAUUUUCCCCCACUGAAGUUCCUGAAGCUAAAGGGCAGGAUCCAGAGACAGAAUUACUCUCUCGUACUUCUAGCUAAGAUUUUCCAAUGAAUUUUUUUUUGUGUUUGUUUUUUUCUAGCUUCUGUUGUUAGGUUUUAGUGUGAGGAUGUUUUUUUUUUUUGUUUGUUGUUGAAUGAUUAACAAGUAGAGCAAGAAUCCAAAAAGAAAUACCCACCCCCUAGAAGAGAAUGGUGGGAGACGAAAAUAUAAAGCUGUAGCAUCAAAUACACCCCCAGACCCCAUCCCUAUAAUUGUUAAUGAUAUUAAUUUACAUUUACGAGUAAUCCUAAACUACAUAUACAACAUACUCUCUAGUUAAGUAAAUGCACUAAAAAAUAAACAAAAAAAUAUAUUACAAAAAUA